GAUGCACCUGAUGCAACUAAAGGCAGUUGCUUUCCCUCUGUCACAUUGAAUUGUUUCGCAAUAUCCAUCACUGCCACUGUUGAUGCAACCAGCUGUUUGUUUGCAGCAACAUCACCAACCUCAACAAGUUUUUCAUGCUCACCCUCUCCAUCCUCUUCUAGCUGCAACAACCAGUUCUUUCCCAUCAUUAGCAUCAGUUGGUUUUUCUUUUGUCACUACUAGUUGUUGCUGAUUUGCACUCUCUGCUACAACAGAUGGCAAGUGAAAAGAGGGGUAAGAAAACAAAAAAGGCUAAGGAGACGGGGGUUCCCCGGAGACCACCAUAAAACCUUGCGAUUAGAGAUAGAAGCCCGUCGCCAUGUCUCCCACCACGCGGCGCUCCAUUGCCUCAUGAUCCCCUCAUGAAUGGCAUUGCAUAUAGUCUUCGACCUCCAUACAGCUUUGGUCGACCCUAUAUGGCUCCACGCCAGGCAUUUACUGAGGUGCCUCCCCAGAGCCCCUCGAUGUCCACACCAGGUUAUGCUACCCCACAGGGCUUCACUCGGUAUACUCCCGGGUCUCAGCGGGCUUCGUCUAGUGGUACUCCGACGGCCACUCCUAGCCCGACUGCAUCACAUCACUCUUCAUCAUCUACUGAACAGUAUGAGAUUACGGGUCCUGACCUUCGAGAAAGUAGUUCUGUGCCUCACACUCCUGAUGCGAAUGACUUACCUCGAGGUGUAAGUGCUCCACAGCUUGAAUCUUAUGAUUCAUCAGGGCGACUCAUCAUCGAGCCUGCGGGAUACGGUUGGUUACCGGACAAAGCUUCAACUCUCCUUACAGAUGAGAUACAAAAACUAUUUAAAGACUCACCUACUUGGGGCCAGAUGUCACCAAAUCGCCAGAGACGGAUCUAUUAUGCCUUUAAGGAAAAAUGUUACUGGCGCCCGGAACAUGAGAAGCAGCUAACUCAAAACUUCAAGAAGAAAGCUCAGCACUUACUAUGUGACAUGUUAGGAAGAGUUCGUAAAUCCCACAAGAAGCCUAAGUGGAUCCUUCCUGAAAAUUAUAACAAGCUACUUCAUUACUGGGCAACUGAUGAAAGAUUCUUACAACUGAGUGACAUAGGGAAGAAGGAAAGAAAUUCGACGAAGGGUGGCUCCCUACACACUAGUGGGGCUAUGAGUCAAGAGGCCGUGAGGAGGAAGCUGGCAAGUCUACAUUAACUCUACUUGAAGGAUUGUGAAUUGACUAUUUCUUUAUGUCUUAUCAAUUUAUUAUUUUGCAGGAACUAAAACGGGGGACGCCAGUGCCUCAAGAUGAGGCGUUCAAGAUCACUCACGUGAAGAAGAAGGCAAACGCUAAUGAUCCAGAUCACUGGUGUGAGGAACGGGCUAAGCAGACCUACAUGGACAGCAAUCUCUUUGCAUGAAUCUUUGUUGGCAGCUAAUAUCAAAUUAUAUAAAGCAUCUUCUCCACAACUCAAACUGCCAUCAGAAGCGGCGUGAGAAUAACUGGCAGUUGGCUGGGAGAAUCAAUAUCAACAUUCAAAGGCGGAAUUUCUUCGUACUCAGCCACCCAACACAGAGCUGACAGAAGAACAAAUGGAGGAAAGGUGGCUUGAGAGUGUUGGUGGUCCCACUAGGUUGGUUACAGCUUACGGAAUGCCACAUCGUGCAUUUCGUCAGUACCGGUCGCCCCUGGAAGGCCUACAUUCUUCCAAUACCGAGUCGUUCGAUAAAGUGAGUGCUAUGGCUAUGGAGCAAAAGAUUGCCGAGCUAUCUAGCCGGCUACAGGCCUCGAGGAAAGGGAGAGGCGGAGGGACGUGCGGUUGACGGUAUGAGGGCCCAAUUAGACGCUAUACUUGCUUCGAGGGGGAUUCCCUCGUGUCCUGAUGAUGCUCGUAACCCCCAUACUCAAUCUAGUGGUGCGGCUGAUGAUGGGACUCAUGUGUCAAACACACAAAGGCAUGUUU